GUCGUUGGUUGCAAUGCUGAUGAUUUUUUACAGCAAACGAGAGCAUUUAUUUAUAGCUCAAGUGAUCGUGCGCCUCAAGCUUUGAUAUAAGUGUAAGAAAUUUUGGAGUGUUAGAAUUCUUAGUUAAUUCUCUUUAUGCCUCACAUUGCUCUUUGUCAGCCACUUGCUUUUACCUUUUCAAUUUUCAUCCACACUUUUUAUUUUGACUCCUCAAAUACAUUUUAAAAUACUAUAGUUCUUUGAAAUAAUCUAUUCAAGAAAAGGAAAUCGAUCGAUCUACUCCUUGUGCACCCAAUAAAUCUUCCAUUCUUCUAUAAAUAAUUUUUAGAAAUAUUCGCCUCGUAGUUGGGUGGGUUAUCAAUAUCAUCAUCACUUAAUAUUAUCAUUGAGGAUCAGGGUGGUGGAUUUAAAGAUGAAUCUCAAACCUAUACGAAUAAUAUCAAAAAAUUCAGAUGAUGAUGAUGAAAACGGUGGAGAAGAAGCAACAUUACUAAGUCCAUCUUCUCGAGUGUUUCAUGUGCCUGACUUCAAUAUUUACAUCGUAGCUAUCAUGGGCUGGAAAGUACCAAUUGAGAUUGACUCUAUCAAAGCUGAAUUCCAACGCAAGUUGCUUAAGCACCCACGCUUUUCGAGUUUGCAGGUUAUGGACGAGUUAAGUCAUGAUGGCAAUGGAGAAAUAAGAUGGGUUCCCACGACAGUGAAUAUAGAUGAUCAUAUCAUAUUGCCCCAGAUCGCCCAUAAUAAUAUGGAUACAGACAAAUUGGUCGAGCAGUAUAUAUCAAACCUAAGCACGACCACUAUUGACAUGUCGAAACCUCUAUGGGAUUUUCACGUCCUUAACAUGAAAACCUCACAAGCCGAGGCAACUUCUAUUUUCCGUUUUCAUCAUUCUCUUGGAGAUGGAGUUGCCCUUAUGUCCCUCUUACUCUCUUGUUUUCGGACAAUCUCGGAUCCUACUUGUCUGCCCACACUUCCACCUUCUUCUAAGGGCAAAUCGAAUUUAUCAAUAAGCAAUAUUUGGUCACUGAUAUGGCAGUACCUCGUAAAAUUGUGGGUGCUCAUCAACCUCUUGUUCAACACAGUUAUGGAUGUUUUGCUUAUUGCAGCGACAAUGCUCGUCUUGAAGGACUCUCAAUCACCUUUCACGAUUGCACAUAAAUCCAAUCGUCAAAGAUUUAUCUAUCGGACUGUUAGCUUGGAUGACAUCAAAUUUAUUAAGAAUACAACAAAUGUUACGAUUAAUGACGUUAUAUUGGGGAUAACACAAGCAGCUUUUUCUCGCUAUAUCGACAGAAACUAUGAAGUUGAAGGUAAGGGCAAGAUGUGGCUAGAACGAAGAAUUAGAUGCAGAGCCGCUGUAGCGGUGAAUUUGAGACCAUCUUUAGGAGUUCAAGCUAUAGCUGAAAUGAUUGAGAAGAAUGCUACUGUAAUACAAGGAAAUUGUUUCAGCUUUGCCAUAAUGCCAUUAAAUAUAUCCCAGUUAGAGGAUCCUCUGGAUUAUGUUCGCAAAGCUAAAAUGUCAAUGGAUCGAAAGAAGCAUUCUCUUGAGACUCGAUGCAUCUUUUAUAUUUUACAACUCAUCUUCAAGUUCUUUGGCAUUAGGGGUGUGACAACACUUGGAAGAGUUCUAUCCCAUACAACACUAAUGUUUUCAAACGUAGCCGGUCCGCUUGAAGAAGUUUCUUUGGCAGGCCAUCCACUGGCAUUCCUUGCACCAACAUGUUAUGGACAUCCCACUGGGCUAAUGGUCCAUGCGUGUAGCUAUGCCAAGCAGUUAACAUUUGUUGUAGCAGUUGAUGAAGGAUUAAUUCCAGAUCCUAACCAGCUUGGCGAUGAUUUUGUCGAUUCAUUUAUGCUUAUCAACGAGGCUGCUAUCACAAAAUCGAGAACCAAAGUUGACUAGCUAAUUACACUGCAUUUGAAAGCUCCUCAAUAAAACUUGAAAUUUGGUCCUUAUGUGAUGAUAUGUACGUACACUUAAUUAUAUACUAUUUGAUUUUGUAUUAUUGUCGUAA